GGGCAGAAUCCAUAGGAGCAGAACGGGAGCGAACCGAGGCGACCCCGCCACGGCCCCGCCUGCUCGCCGCACCUGCUGCCCGUACCCGCCCGAGGGCAGCGGCGGGGCGGGGUGAGGGCGCCCCCUGCUGCCGGCCGUCGGUGCCGUCACGCAUGCGAGGUGGAGGAGAGGGGCCCGAGGGCGGUCGGGGCCCGUUGGCCUUGGCUGGGGGCGUCUCGCUCGCUCUCUUCGCUUCCUUCCCGCCUCUCAGGGGCUUGCCGAGGGGCGGCGGCGCGGCAUGGAACGGUACCCCUGGCAGGGUGUUUGCCGGGAGGCAACGGCACCGCUGAAGAAGCGCCGCUUGUCCCCUCUGCCGGAGGCCCUCGGUAGCCGGGCCGGCAGCUCCCAGCCAUGCCGCCGGCAGCUCUUCAGGAACGCAGGCCCCCGCAGCGGCGCGGAGCCCGGCCGCCUGAAGAGAAAGCCCAAUGUGAACACUCUAGUGAAAAUUAAGGAAAAUAGUGAAAUCACCCAAGUGAUACAGACAUACAGCCAAAGCAAUCAAGUGAAUGUCCAAGGAGAAACAGAUCUGGAAAUAAAAGAAGAUAAAAUAGAAGAAAGCACUGUACAGAUACAGGAAUCCCUGUUAAUCAACUUUGAAAGUAAAAAAAGCUUGAAAAGUACUGAUGUGACUUCAAGUACAGGAAUGACUCUUCCCACAGGUGUUUCCACCUUUCUCCUAGAGUGUUUAGAUACAGACUCAACUGAAGAGUAUAACACAGGUCCUAGUACCAGCCUGAGAAGUUUGCCAUCCCCUGAAAUGUUCAGAGAUGAUGGUUCAGAAAGAAGUAAUUUUGACCUUGUGGACUUUGGCAAGUACAAGAACUCCACUCUCCUGGACUCCAGCAAAGCGGUGGCCAUAGAUAAGUUCCCCCAUAUCUCAAAUCUUUCAGCAAUAUUAGAACCUACAGUGGAGGAAUUUCCAGACCAAUACAUCAGAAGAAAGAAACUUUCACAUUGCAAUUAUACUUCAUCAUUAAGUGUUUCAACUAUUGUGGCAGGGAAAAAAGUCUGUAAAAUUACAGCUGCAAGAGAGAGAACUCCAAACCUAAAAACUGGUAUGCGCCGUUCCUCACCGUUAGGACCGGAAAGAAAGCCUGACAAUCAAAGUGCUAAACUUAAAAGGCAGAUAUCUAAGGUAAAAGGAAAACAAUCUAAUACCUCAGAAGAAGGACCAUCAUCACUCCAACUGUGUGGUGCCCCAGGAAACACUUCAGCCAGAGCGGUGGGGUUGGCAGCAGAAGCACUGCCACAUGAACGGAGAGGUUCUGUAAGGCCUCAGUGUGGCAGAGGAGAACUCUGCUCUAUUGUCAGAAUGUCACCACCCCAGAAGCUUUCCAGGCUUCACCAAAUUCCAGCUGACACCAAAGCAUUCAGCUUUCCCAAAAGGCUGCCUGAAGAUAACAUUACGAGUACUGAAAACUGGAUCUACUGUAAGCCCAGAUGAAAUUUCUGGCUUUCAGCAGGAGUCAAAAGAAGAAAUUACUGUCUUGCUGCUGUGGCAGGGAGGUGAAACAGAUCUACCAACCAGUAAUUAAUGGUUUUGUGGGUUUUUGGCACAUACACUGUUUGAAUUUUAGUCUAAUGGUUGUAAAUAUUCAAUCUUAUUAAAUUGUUUUGUGGCAGCAACUAAA